CGAUUUUUAGUAAAGUUUGGUGUGCGAGGAGACAUCCCAUUUACAGGGAACUAGACGCAAGAGACAUUAUACUGUAUGAAAAGAUGCCCCCACAAGUACGUGAAAUAGUGCAUAAAGCAAUGUGCAUCAAUACUUCAGGAAUCCCGAACAGCGCAGAAGGGGCAGAUUUCAAGCUGGAAACAAUCAAUAAAAAGGGGCAAUUUUGGAUGCCCCAACGACCCACUCUAAACGACUGGGACAGAAUGUGCGCAAAUUUUGACAGUUUGGAAAACAUAAGAUCAACAGUUUUCAAAAACUGUGGUCAAAACGACCCACAAUUAAUUAGUGCUAAUAAGCGU